CUGUGGACGACGAGCUGCGGACAUCCACGUCACCCUAACCUCCCUUGCCCCGCGGAGCGCUGCGGGACUCCGGGCGGCCGAGGCCCGGCCUUCACCUGAGCCCCAGAACCGGUCCACCCGGCUGCGGGGGGCCCCUCCCCGGCCCGCGGCGCCUCCCUAGCGGGCUACGCAGGAGGGCGUGUGCCCGGAGCCGGGUUCGGUCGGCCGGCCCGACGCUGGCGCCGCUCCCGCAGGAUCCGCUGCGGCCUGCGCUUCGCCCCCCUAGGCCGCGGGGCCCAGGCGCCCCGCACGUCAGUCCGCACGUCAACUCCGCGGGGGCGACGCCUCGCGAGCCGCGAGCAGGCGGCCCCCGCGCUGCCCGCGGGAGGGGCGCGGCCUGGUCACGUGACGCUCGCAGCCGCCCGGCCCCGGUCACAUGGGCCGCAGCCACUGCGUCAGUCACAGUGCGGGCUGCGGGAGUCGAGUCGUCGCCGCCGCCGCCGCCCCCAGCGGACGGGGCGGGGAUCUCGGUGCCAGGGCUCCGUCAGCCCGCCCCCGCCGCCGGCUCAGACACCCGUCCCGGGCUCGGCCGGGCCGUCAUGGAGCGGGGCGGAACCCUGGCGUCCGCCGAGUGAGGUGCGCCGCCUCGGCUCCCCGCGGCCUCCGGAUCCGCCGCUGCCCCUCGCCCUUGGCAGCCGGUCGCCGCCUCCUGGGCGGGCCCGAAUGCUCGUCCGGUGAAGGUGCUGGCCGGGCGCCGCCGCCACCGCCGCCGCGGUCGGGAGAUGGUUCGGGCCUAGCGGAGCGGGGACUGGAGCAACAUGAACCGUGAAGACCGGAAUGUGCUGCGCAUGAAAGAACGGGAAAGGCGGAAUCAGGAAAUUCAGCAGGGUGAAGACGCCUUCCCACCUAGCUCUCCUCUAUUUGCUGAGCCAUAUAAAGUUACUAGCAAAGAAGAUAAGUUAUCAAGUCGUAUUCAGAGUAUGCUUGGAAACUACGAUGAGAUGAAGGAUUAUAUAGGAGACAGAUCUAUACCAAAGCUUGUUGCAAUUCCCAAGCCUGCAGUACCAACCACAACAGACGAAAAAGCGAACCCAAAUUUUUUUGAACAGAGACAUGGAGGCUCUCAUCAGAGCAACAAAUGGACUCCUGUAGGACCCGCACCAAGCACUUCUCAGUCUCAGAAACGGUCCUCUGGCUUGCAGAGUGGACACAGUAGCCAGCGGAACAGUGCAGGUGGUAGUAGCACUAGUAGUAGUAGUCAGAGACAUGACCGUGACUCAUAUAGCAGUAGCCGGAAGAAAGGCCAGCAUGGGUCAGAGCACUCCAAAUCACGAUCCUCAAGCCCUGGAAAACCCCAGGCUGUUUCUUCAUUAAGUUCUAGUCAUUCCAGGUCUCAUGGGAAUGAUCACCAUAGCAAGGAACAUCAGCGCUCCAAAUCACCUCGGGACCCUGAUGCCAAUUGGGAUUCUCCUUCCCGUGUUCCUUUUUCAAGUGGGCAGCAUUCAAAUCAGUCUUUCCCACCUUCUUUGAUGUCCAAAUCUAGUUCAAUGUUACAGAAACCCACUGCCUAUGUAAGGCCCAUGGAUGGACAGGAGUCUGUGGAACCAAAGCUGACCUCUGAGCACUACAGCAGCCAGUCUCAUGGUAAUAACAUGACUGAGCUGAAGCCCAGCAGCAAAGCACAUCUCACCAAGCUGAAAAUACCUUCCCGACCUUUGGAUGCAUCAGUUUCUGGUGAUGUAAGCUGUGUGGAUGAAAUACUUAAAGAGAUGACGCAUUCAUGGCCUCCCCCUUUAACGGCUAUUCAUACACCAUGCAAAACAGAACCUUCCAAAUUUCCUUUUCCAACUAAGGAGUCUCAGCAGUCUAACUUUGGCUCUGGAGAACAAAAAAGAUACAAUGCUUCUGCUAAAACAUCAAAUGGGCACCAGUCAAAAUCUAUGUUAAAAGAUGACUUAAAACUAAGCAGCAGUGAAGACAGUGAUGGGGAACAGGACUGUGAUAAGACAAUGCCAAGGAGUACACCAGGAAGUAACUCUGAACCGUCACAUCAUAAUAGUGAGGGAGCAGAUAACUCCAGGGAUGACUCAAGCAGCCACAGUGGAUCUGAAAGCAGCUCUGGCUCUGACUCAGAGAGUGAAAGUAGCUCCAGUGACAGUGAGGCAAAUGAGCCCUCACAGAAUGCAUCUCCUGAGCCUGAACCACCACCAACAAACAAAUGGCAACUUGAUAAUUGGUUGAACAAAGUGAACCCACAUAAAGUAUCCCCAGCUUCUUCUGUAGACAGUAACAUCCCAUCGUCUCAGGCCUACAAAAAAGAAGGUCGAGAACAGGGUGCCGGGAAUAACUACACUGAUCCUGGAGGGCCGAAAGAAACAAGCUCUGCUACUCCGGGACGAGACUCUAAAACUAUCCAAAAAGGAUCAGAAAGUGGGCGUGGGAGGCAAAAGUCUCCUGCACAGAGUGACAACACCACACAGAGGAGAACUGUAGGCAAAAAACAACCCAAAAAAACUGAGAAGUCAGCUGCUGAAGAGCCCCGUGGAGGCCUGAAGAUAGAAAGUGAAACCCCUGUAGACAUGGCUACCAGCAUGCCCUCCAGCAGGCACAAAGCAGCUACCAAAGGCUCAAGAAAACCCAACAUCAAAAAGGAAUCAAAAUCUUCCCCUCGACCUAUAGCAGAAAAAAAGAAAUACAAGUCAUCAGGCAAAUCUUCCCAGAAAUCUCGGGAAAUCAUAGAAACAGAUACCUCGUCCUCAGAUUCAGAUGAAAGUGAGAGCCCCCCUCCUUCCUCCCAGACUCCUAAGUACCCCGAAAGCAAUAGGACUCCUGUCAAGCCCUCCUCCGUGGAGGAAGAAGAUAGCUUUUUUCGGCAACGAAUGUUCUCUCCUAUGGAAGAGAAGGAGCUUCUUUCCCCACUCAGUGAGCCCGACGACAGGUAUCCACUUAUUGUGAAGAUUGACCUGAAUCUCUUGACUAGAAUACCGGGAAAGCCUUACAAAGAAACAGAACCACCCAAGGGGGACAAGAAAAAUGUGCCAGAAAAACACGUGAAAGAGGUGCAGAAGCAAACCUCAGAAAAGGCUUCCAACAAAGGCAAGAGGAAACACAAGAAUGAUGAUGAUAACCGAGCCAGUGAGAGCAAAAAACCCAAAACGGAGGACAAGAACCCAUCAGGCCACAAGCCAUCCAGCAACAGAGAGUCAUCUAAGCAGAGUAGUACAAAAGAAAAGGACUUGCUGCCUUCACCUGCUGGGCCUGUUCCUUCAAAAGAUUCAAAACCAGAGCAUGGCUCUCGGAAGAGGACUGUUAGUCAGUCUUCUUCCUUAAAAUCCAGCAGCACCAACAACAAGGAGAAUAGUGGCAGCAGCAAGAAUAGCUCCUCCACUUCAAAGCAAAAGAAGACUGAAGGGAAGGUUUCCAGCAGCUCCAAAGAGACCAAGGAAAAGGCUCCAAGUAGCUCCUCUAAUUGCCCUCCAUCUACACCAACUCCUGAUUCUUCGAAGCCUCGGAGAACAAAGCUUGCCUUUGAUGACAGAAAUUACUCAGCAGACCAUUAUUUACAAGAAGCAAAAAAACUCAAACAUAAUGCAGAUGCUUUGUCUGAUAGGUUUGAGAAAGCAGUGUACUACCUUGAUGCUGUAGUGUCUUUCAUUGAGUGUGGGAAUGCAUUAGAGAAGAAUGCUCAGGAAUCCAAGUCCCCAUUCCCCAUGUACUCAGACACGGUGGAGCUCAUCAAAUAUACUAUGAAACUAAAGAAUUAUUUGGCACCAGAUGCUACAGCUGCAGACAAGAGACUCACAGUACUUUGCCUGAGAUGCCAGUCAUUGCUGUACCUGAGACUGUUCAAACUGAAGAAGGAGAAUGCUCUGAAGUACUCCAAGACGCUGACUGAGCACCUUAAGAAUUCUUACAGUAAUUCUCAAGCACCUUCACCUGGCUUGGGGAGCAAAGCUGUUGGGAUGCCUUCCCCUGUCUCUCCAAAGCUGUCACCGGGCAAUUCUGGAAGUUACUCUUCUGGGGGCAGUAGUGCUUCAGCAAGUGGUUCUUCAGUGACUAUUCCACAGAAGAUACACCAGAUGGCAGCAAGCUACGUCCAGGUUACAUCUAACUUCCUCUAUGCCACUGAAAUUUGGGACCAAGCUGAACAGCUUUCCAAAGAACAAAAAGAAUUCUUUGCUGAACUGGACAAAGUGAUGGGUCCUCUCAUCUUUAAUGCAAGCAUCAUGACAGAUCUGGCUCGUUACACCCGGCAGGGACUGCACUGGCUUCGGCAGGAUGCCAAGUUGAUAUCUUGAACUGAACAUAUCCUCGUUGCCUCUGAUUUUCCCACAACACUGUGUCACAUCACAAAGGAAAACUGCCAUAACACACCACCUAGUCGACACUAAGAAUGAGGAAUGGUUUUCUCCUUUUUGGUUUAUAUUUUUGUUUCUUAUAACCCAAAGCCAUCAAUUGACCCUUUCAAUAUUCCCAACGUGACAAGUAUUUAAAUGCUUCUAAACCUGCAGUACAUCAGCAAGAUGGUUUCAGUAAUUGGAAUUCCAGUUACAAUUCAUAAAUAAUCAAGUAAAAUUCUAUUUAUUUUCAGUUUUUCAAGUUCCCAUACUGGAGCUUGUUUAAAGCUUAGUUAUUCCUGCCUAUAAAUUUAUUCUGUUGAUUUAUUUAGCAUAAAUUUAAUGUAGGCAUUUUAUUUAUAUAUUUGGGGAGCUGUGUUACUUAAUAUUUUCUAAGGUAAGAGUUGACUUGUCCAUGACAGGACAUGUUCUUUCUAUAGCUAAUUAUCUAAUGUUAUUUCAAGUCUUACUACAGUUUUAUUAUUGUAGGAUUUGUGCUUGGUAUUAAGGAUGCUCUUCCACAUGUGAAAAGUCACUUAAACAUGAGAAGAUGGCAUUCUACAUGGGUGCAAAAGCAAAGUGGGUCUGGUUUGAUAUGCAUUAUUUCAAAACUGUGAAUGUGUGUUAGUAACACUAGCAAUCACAAGGUGACUACAUUGCAUCUAAUGCAUUACAAAAAAAGCAGAUAGACUUGCUGGGAGAAGCACAUUAUACUGAAUGGCUUCAUAAAGGACAAUCUAAAACUGUGGGUUUAUUAAAACCUUGUAUUCUUUUUUUUUUUCUCAUUUGACACUUCAUUGAAGCAGAGUAAGUUACUCCUAAAAAUGAGCAGAAGACAGUAAUCCAGUUUCUGAAGGUCGCAGCCUGUUUCAUUGGUAAUGUUCGAAGGUUGACAUCUGCAGAUCUCCCCUAUGGUGGAGAGAUUAUGAUGCUCAUAUAUGACCAUGCAGUAACUGGAGCUUGGAAGGAGGUGUCACAAUGUCUAAUGUGGAGAUGAUGAAUUUCUCUUUCCACAGAUCCUCAUCAAUGAUGUAUGUUUCUGACAGGAUCAGAAAACUCACAGUAGCAGCUGGGCAUGGUUAUGCUUGCCUGUAAUCCCAGCACUGGGUAGCGGUGACAAGCUACAUAAAGCUAGACACUGAGUUUGGGGCUAGCCUGGGCUACAUGAGACCUUGUCACAUUAAAAAAGAAAAUUCAUAUUAGGAGAGUACCUAACUUGGCUCGUUGUGAGCUCUCUUGGAAAGGGGAAAAUAAUAGGGGUAGUGCUUAGGAAGCCAGCUCUGUAACAAUUCCUUAUCAAACUACUGUUCCCAACAAGGUGCGUAUAGCAGUGAAGGAUGAGGAAUGUCUCUCUUCCUUCUUUUUAGUGCCCCCGUCAUGUCUGGUGUGCCUUAAAUCUUAACUUUAAAUGAUAACUCUACAGAUUGUUUACAGAUAAAGUUUUAUGCUGGGACCAGAUUAGCCAUGCAUGGUUGGUCCUCUACAAUAAUAAUUUUAAAUUCUCUUUGAUUUUAAAUCUUCCUUUAGAGUCACAUUAAGAUAGAUCCCUUCAGAAAAGCUAGUGCUUUGGUACCUGACUUAGUAUAAUCAAUUGGGUAUAAUGCUGCUUCAGAAAAUGGCUUUUCCUUCUCAUUCCAAAAAUCCAUCCAAUUGGGGAGGAAAAAAAUCCCUGUUAUUAGUAGAUGAUUAUUCAGACUUGAAAUGGGAAAGGGGAAGAGAGAGAGAAUAUCUUCACAUCCAGCGGUGUUGUGAGUCCUCUCUUCUAGUCUCUCUCACCACCUGUUUCUAAAGAUAGUGGACUUUGUCCUGCAGUCUCAUAUUCACAGAGCUUAAUUGCUUUGUACCUCAUUAUUUUUACAUACCAUUGAGGGUUGAUAUCUAUAGCUUACGCUGAAUAUAAAAUUUUUCCCUUGGAGAAAUUGCCUCUGAUACCUUUCUAAUUUAAUUGUAGUGUGUUUAAGGAAUACUUUUUCUUCAGAGGCCAUUGUCUCCUCUUUUGUGCUAGUAACUUACAUGGUCUAACAGUUGUGUGUCCUGUCCUUGCCUCUUCUCUCUCACUCUGGCUCCUUAACUUCAGGGAGGUCUUAGAAGUGGAACAAGUGCCCUUUGGGCUUUUAGACUUUAGCAGCUGCAGUGCUGACCUCUGCUUUCCAGCUCUGGUCUGUAUGUCCUCAAGGUGGCCAACACAUUCUGGAGUGACACUGAUGUGUUAAAGCAGAGUUUCCUACAUGUUUCAUGGUGCUGCUUUAAGAAAUUUUCUCUUUAAAACUGUCAGUUCUUGGAGAAUGAAAUUGUUAAGCCUUUCAUUGUGGAGGAUUUUCCCCACCAGGUAGAAACUCCGAUCCUGAGUAAUUGAACUUUUGAUGUCAUAGUGUGUGAGCAUACACUCUCUUCUCUGUGUCUUUUUUCAGACGCUCUGUGUCAGUCAUGUCCAGCACAUACCUUGACUCCUUUACAAGUGACCAUUCCUCCCUUCUCAGUAGGUGCCCUCAGUGGUUUUUAGCCAUUUAAAACUUAGUCUGAAACUUGUAUUCAAUGUAUAGUUAGUACUAGAAAUAGCAACUAUCUUUAAUAUUCAGUUCACUGCUCUAAGAUCACACUCCUAUUCCAGGAGGCAGCAGCGUGCACCAUUAGACUCUGGACAGGCAUCUCACAUGAUUGCAGUGUGGGAACUGUCACAGUCAUUCUGCCUGGGAGAGACUGGGCUGUGGGGAGCACUCCCCUCCAGGCAUUCAAGAUUACACAGCCUCGCCCAUGCCCCAUGCUGGCUGGAGAGCACCCAGCCCUUUCCUUGCUCAGUAACACCUUUUUCUGGGCAAGAAGUUUUGGAGUCACUUUAUCAGUGAGCUUUCAAAUAUAUUCACAAAUAUUGCUGCUGAAGGAAGAAGAUUGAUCUCUACUGAUUUAAUUCUCCAAUAUUAAAACAAUUCAAGAGUAAUGUGUGCACGCACCCACACUUGCCUGUUUUUCUGGGAAGCUCUUGCACUAGGGAUUUAUAGGCAUCUGGGCUGCACUUUGAAUGACACACUUGUGGCUUUAGAGUAGCUGUUGUUGUUUUUGUUGUUGUUUUGUUUUUAAAUUUAAAUUGUUCUUUGUUUUUUUUUUAAUUAAAGAUUUAAUCAGCUAGAUUAGGCAGCAUCAUUUGUAUUUAACCGCUGAAACUUUGGUACAUUGAUGUUUAAUGAAUGAGCUUGCAUUGUGUAGCCAGGGCCUACAAAGGUUCUUGUCAGAAGUACAAGCACUGCCUGAGGUCAGUGCUCAGAGGAGUUUGUAGUGCAGCCAGUUAAAUAGCUCCAUUAGAUGAUGCCUAGCUCAGUUGAGAAGGGGGAUGCUGUGCACUCUUCCAGGUCUGAGGGUAUGCAACUUUGGAUCUUAAAAUUAUGUACACAUACACACUUUAUAUAUAUGUACGUAUGUAUGUAUGAAAACAUGGAAUUAGUUUGUCAAAUGUGUGUGUUUAGUAUUUUAGCUUAGUGCAACUAUUUCCACAUUAUUUAUUAAAUUGAUCUAAGACACUUUGUUCUUGGCACCUUGAAUAUUAACAUUCAAGGGUGCAAUGUGUAUUCCUUUAGAUUGUUAAAGCUUAAUUACUAUGAUUUGUAGUAAAUUAACUUUUAAAAUAUAUUUGAGCCCUUCUGUAGUGUAAUAGGGCUCUUACAGGGUGGGAAAGAUUUUAAUUUUCCAAUAGCUAAUUGAACAAAAUGGCUUCAUUGUAUAUUUUGGUUUAUAGGAGUCUAUAGGUGUCUGGGUCCCAAGGACAUCUACUGAGGAUGCCUGUUUUAGGCUGGGUGGUGAUAGUCAGACUAAACCUAAGUGACUUGGGGAGCCAGAGCACUUUGCUCAAGUCCAUAGACUCCUGUAUCUCAUGUUCCCUUAGGAUGUGGAACACAGAUCCCAUCCACCUUCACAUCUCAGUUGGAGAGGCAGACUUUUUCCAGUAGUAUUUCACACCUAGUGUUGCUGUGAGUAAAAUCAGCAGAAAAAGUAGUGAAUGACUGGGAAGAUGCACUGAGAAGGCCCAGUUGUCACACUGGUGAAUGUACCUUUCACAUACUUGUGAGUGGAGGCAUCGAGCUUUGACUUUCAGACCCUGAAAUCAAGCCAGCAAGUAACAAAAGUCCUUAAGGUUAGAGAAGGCCAGGAGUGCUGGUGCAUACCCUGAUGCAAAGGUCAGCCUUUGCUGGGUAGUGAGCCUGAGCUACUGAGACCCACUCUCCAGGAAAUAAAUAAAAGUCAUUUGGUGAACAAGGUGUGGUGGUGCAUGCUUGAAUUCUAGCACUCAGAUUGUCAGUUGAGACUAGCAUGCACUAGGGAAACUGAGAAAGAGGAUGUUGGUCUGCGGAACUCCUGUUCACAUGUUAAUUAAAAAGAACUUGUUGUCUCCUGAACAGGGGAUGGAAACAGAAGCUACACCUGUUUUGUAGAUGGAAUUUAGAACAAGGUGUUUGGGUGAAGUCUCAACAAAGUUAGAGAUUUCUUUCAGCUUAAAUAGCUCAUUUUUAAGAAGUUGAUUUUCAGGAUUGUCCGCAUGCACCUCUCUCCUUGCUGCCGUUGCUCAGCUAAGCAGAACUCAUCAUCCUUAAACCCAGAGAAAGCUCUCAGAAGAGCUUGGACAAGCUCCCACCCAGAAAUCCUUGUAAUACUUGGCUUUGACCUUGCUGCUUCUGUGUUAGCUUCCUUCUCAGCUUUUAGCCACUGGGUUUCUGCCUGUUCUGUACCUCUCUGGAAGACAUCAGUUUGGAAGUGCUACCUUUCAAACCAAUGCCAUGGCUUCUGUAUUGUUGAGCUUGUUGUUGUCUCAGAGGUGUCCCCAUUAUGCACACACCUGCACAUCACUGACAUGAGCAUUCAACAGUACUGGGAUGGGGUGGGGCUCACCAACAGCGCUGGCUCACUUGGCAGGGCCUGCAAAGGCCACACUUGAGGGCCAGAUGCCCAGUUGGUAAGCACACUUAGGGAAAUUUCUACCUAGCCUCCAUUUUGAAUGAUUUUGAGAAGUUUUAUAUAUGGAGGAUGGAAAUGCUUAUAUAUUUAUUGAAGAUCUUUUUAUUUGAAAUUAAAAUCAUUUGGUAAAUAAUGGUUUGCUAUUUGGGGAGGGUUUUGGAGGGGAAGUAACACGAUUGAUAAAGUACAGGCCUAUUGCCUCUGCAGAAAGGCACUGUUGCUGAUAGGAGGCUUCAUCUUGUACAUGAUCCAAUCUUUGUUUUACGUUUCUUUUAUCCAAAAUAUCUAGGCAUCUGACACUUUCAACCAAAAUUUCAAUUAUAUACUGUGAUUUUUAUUUGUUGCAAUACAUUAAAUUUCAGAGGUACUUUGGGGCUCAAAAGCUAGGAUUUCUAAGUCAGUAUGUGCAUUUCACAUAAUAAGCUGUUAAUGGUGAGCAAAGUAUUAUAUACUAACUAGAUUUUCCACAUCUGUAUAGUAUAUUAUAAGUAUUUUGUGGUAUUGAGAUUAUAGAAAGUUUAGAGUGUCAAACAUGCGUUUAAUGUGUAUUUUUAAACAAAUUUAUGGCAAUUAAAAUAUUUGGAGACAAGGGUAUCACAUUUCAAUUUGUAAAACUCUUUUUAACUCUACUGUGUCAUUACGAUGCUUUGUAUAAUGCCAAACCAUAGCUGGAGAAACUAAGUUUAAUAAAUAUCAGAUAGCUUUUCUGUAUAAUGUU